GGCCGAUAUGAAAAUUUAUGGAGAUCCACGCGUCUCGGUACAUAAAUAAAAUCGAAAAACGGCCACCUUGCCGUUGUAUUUUUGCCGGAGCUGCACAUUAAGGCUUUUAAAAUAAUCGGAGCCGGUGGAUUACGCGGGAUUGGUAAUGGUAUCGCGCGAAAAUUAAAAGCCCGAACGAUAGAUGUAUUUAUAAAAAAUGAACAUAAAAAUGAGUUGGUCUCGCGCAGUCAUCCAAGCGCGCCUGGUGCCUGAAUGGUAAAUCAACAGGCUGAAGCUGAAUGCAAGCAGCAGCCUCGUUUGGAAUACGUAAUUCACACUGGAUUUUCUUACACGGCAAUGUGCUACGUGUUUACAUGUUUACCAGGCGUUGUUUUGGCUCUUAUCGGGUACCUAUACCACCGGCUCAAGAAGGUCCCCAAAGUACCCACGAUCCCGUCGUUAUGGUGGGGCGCUGGUACGGCUCCAGAAACACCCCUAGCUCGCCCACUCAUCAGAAGAUUCAGAAUCAAUGUUUCAGAUGACGAGCUUCAAGAUCUCAAGGCUCGCCUCCAGCGUACGGCUCCAUUCCACCCCAGUAUGACUGGCGUAGGACAACACUACGGCGUCCACUCUACCGUCUUGGAAUCUGUCCUCCAAUACUGGCGCCACCAAUAUCGUUGGCGCGAGAGAGAGACAUUCCUUAACCAAUAUCCUCAGUACAAAGUAAACAUUCAAGGGUUAAACAUUCACUUUCUCCACGUGCGACCGCGAACGAAGAAAGCGAUCCCACUUCUGAUGGUACACGGAUGGGCCGGUUCUGUGAGGGAGUUUUACGACAUGGUACCGAUCUUAACCACUCAACAACCGGGCAGAAGGUUCGCAUUCGAAUUGGUCAUACCCUCCCUGCCCGGACUCGGGUUUUCCGACGGUCCUUCCACGCCUGGACUUUCAGCCACUCAUAUUGCAGUUAUUUUCAAAAACCUAAUGGACGCGUUGAAUAUCGCGCAAUUCUACGCCCACGGCGGUGAUUGGGGUGGCGUCGUAGUUCAAAGGAUGGCCAGUCUGUAUCCCCGCAGUGUUCUAGGAGUCCAUUCUAAUUUUUGUUUCGUCAACACCGUUUUAAGCGCGUUCAAGCUUUGCCUGGGCCGGAUCAUCCCUGGUUUGGUUUAUACUUCUUCGGAGAGACGAAUCUGCAACGGCACCUCCAACUCAUGGCCGUUUUUGAUGGAAGAGGCGGGAUAUUUUUAUUUGCAAGCCACCAAGCCGGAUACCGUCGGUGUGGCUCUUAGAGAUAGUCCCAUGGGAUUAGCAGCAUACAUUCUGGAAAAGUUCUCCACCCUCACCAAUCCCGCCUUCAGAGACCUCGAAGACGGCGGCCUAACUCGAAUGUUCACCAUGAACCAAUUAUUGGACAACAUCAUGAUCUAUUGGAUCAGCAAAUCCAUCACGAGCAGCAUGCGGAUAUACUCGGAACUCUUCACCAACAUUAGACUGGAAUUGACAAUGGAAAAAGUUCCAAUCAAAGUACCAAGCGGCUGCGCGCGCUUCCCCAACGAAAUUCUGCUGACUCCCAGAUAUAUCCUGCAGGACAAGCACAAACAGUUGAUACAUUUGACAGAUCACGACGAGGGCGGCCAUUUUGCCGCGAUGGAGCGGCCUGCCGUGUUGGCGGAAGACAUCUGCCAGUUCGUGCGCAAGGCCCGUUCGCGGUAGUUGUACAUUGUGAUAUUUUUGUAAUUGUUUUUAAUCAGUCUUGUCGACGCACCGCUUCUUGUAGGUUUUAGGUUUUAAAUGUACUUAAGUUAAAUCGAGAUAAGACUUUGUUCGUUUUCAACGUUGCCUGAAGUGUUAAUUCACGUGUAUAAAUAAACAAUCCGUUUUGAUAUCCGUAAAAGUUGAGAUAUUUGCUGUGUUUGUUUGCGUUACAACCUACCCAAUUUUGGGAUUACAACAUUUUGUAUGAAUACAAUUUUUGUAAUUAAAGUUUUUUGAUAAAAACCGCUUUUAAAUACUUUUCUUAA